AUGAAGGCUUCGUUCCUUGCCAUACUUGGAGCCCUCGCUGGCAACGCAGUCGCCCAGGACGCCUUCGAGCCUACUGACUUCAACGUCACGGAGGCCCUCUUCGCCAAUGGCGUCAAUGUCUCUGCUCUUCCCGACUUGGCUGCUUUGGUCGAGAAGCGCUCACUCUCUAGCCCAUGUACCGCCGCUUGUAGCUCACUAAAGCUCAUCUUCGGAAGCAAGCUACUUUCUAGCGGUUCGGAAUCCUACGAUACCUUCACGAGCGGAUACUGGUCCAAUCAGGCAGCCUCUGUCAACCCAGCCUGCGUUCUCCGGCCUUCGAAGGCGAUCGACGUAUCGACGACGAUAUUGGUAUCCCGCCUCACACAAUGUCCCUUUGCAGUCAAGGGUGGAGGACACACCGCGUUCCCAGGCGCGUCUAGCAUUGAGGGUGGCAUAACCAUUACCAUGGAGGCGAUGAACGAGGUCACACUUUCCCGCAACAAAAAGACUGCAUUUAUCGGACCCGGAAACCGAUGGGGGGCAGUAUAUACAAAGCUUGGAGAGCACAACCUCGCUGUCAUUGGUGGGCGCGCAUCAGAUGUAGGCCUCGGUCUUGUUCUUGGUGGCGGCAUCUCCCACCAGUCCAGUAUCUACGGAUACGCAUGCGAUAAUGUUGCGUCUUACGAGGUUGUAACUGCAUCGGGAAUUAUCUUGAAGGUCACGCCAACUCUGUUCCCUGAUCUGUAUUGGGCCCUUCGCGGAGGCGGCAACAACUUCGGUAUCGUUACAAGAUUUGAGCUGGAGACAAUUCCCCAGGGUUUGAUGUGGGGCGGCACCCGAGUUCAUACGCAGGCCAGCUACCCAGCGCUGAUCGACGCUUUUGCAUCAAUGGCUGAGGGCGCUACCGAAGACCCGAAAUCAGCCCAGAUCCUGUCAUUUGCUGUGACAGCGGGCAACGCGGCAGCCCAAAUCCAACUGGAGUAUCUCGAGCCCGUUGACGAAACCAACCCACCUGCUAUUCUGAAGAAGUACCUUGACAUCCCUCCACUCAUGGCAAAUACUUUGAACAGAACCUUGGCAAACGACACGGUCAUGCUCACCAACCAAAUGCCCGGAGGCCGCCGCUAUGCAUUUUGGGCAGCCACAUACAAGCUCGACAGGGAGUUCAUGGCCUGGCUGCAAGCCCGUCACGAGAAGGACGUAGGCCCGCUAGCGGACCAGGGCGCUCUGGCGUUCCAAGCCUUCACCGUGCCGGCUAUGGAGCAGAUGAGCAAGAAGGGCGGCAACGCACUUGGUCUCUCCCCCGCCGACGGUCCACUCAUGCAUACUCUGCUUUACGUGGUCUGGGACGAAGCGUCCAAGGAUGAACAGCUAAACAAAGCCGCACUGGACUUGAUGAACGCCGCCAAGGCUGAGGCGAAAGACCGGAAUUUGUACACCGAGUUCAUCUACCUCAACUAUGCUGGACCGUACCAGAACGUGGUUCCGAGCUACGGAGACGAGAAGCUGGCUAAGCUCAAGUCGAUUGCGAAGAAGUACGAUCCCGCUGCUGUCUUUCAAAAGCUGCAGCCUGGUGGGUUCAAGCUUGAGGGUGCGCCCUACGGGGAGACUAUCUAG